UAUUAAAUAUGCAUUGUGUAUUGCAUAUGUUGAACUAAUCUGUAAAUGUGCUGCAAUAGAAUCUUUAAGAAAGAUUUAUUUAUUUAUUAUUACACACACAUUUCAUCAACUGUCAAAAAAAGUGAUUAAAGAGUAAAAUAAUAACUUAUAACAAUGAAAUUUUUCACUGACUCUAUAGCACGUUGUGCUGCACGAAUUGGAACUCUGAGUGGAUUUGAAAGAAUGCCUAAUGUUUCUUUUGAAACACCUCUACUUCUUAUUUACACAAAGGCUGGCAGUGUGCCACAUUUGACGAAAGAAGUUUUUAAAAUGGUAACUUCGGAACAACAAUUGCUCUCAGUCUCACUUCCCUCUACUAUAUUAAUGACGGAUGUUAUUAAAGAGUUUAACACUUCUUUUGCUGAUUUUGUUAGCAUGAAGGAGUACAUAAAUUUUUUAUCAAUACAAGAUCCUGCAUAUACUACAAAUCCUGGCUUUCAACAAUUGGACUCUAUUUCUGUUUGGUCCAGAACAGGAAGAAUUGUUUUUACUGCUAAUAAAUAUAUGGAGCUUGUGCAAGCUUAUAAACCAGAUCUCUAUGUUGCGCUAUGUGAUGGAGAUACAAAUAUUAAUAGUAGUGCAAAAAGAGUGUCAAAGGCAGUUCUGCGAAGUAAAACUUUAUUAGAACAAUGUCUAAAUAUACACCUGCAUUCAGAUACAUUGAAAUCAAAAGGAAUAUUAGGAUCAGUGGAAGGUGGUUAUAAUUUGGAAACCAGAGAAGAAUCCAUAGAUUAUUUAAAAGAUAAACCUUUGGCAGGAUUCGUUAUAGAUGGAUUACAUAAUAAUGGCCCAAGUGUACAAAAUAUUUCAACAGAACAAAUUAAACAAGUAGUACAGCAUACUAUUAAUUUAUUGCCUACUGAUAAAAUAAGAGUAUCAAUGGGUUGUUGGAAUCCAGUUACUGUACUUGAUCUUGUUGAAUUAGGAGUGGAUGUAUUUGACUCAUCCUAUCCUUAUAUAAUUACUGAACAAUCACAAGCUUUGACUUUCAUGUGUAAUCAUGAUAUUUGUCAGAAUGAUCAAUAUAGAAUAUCAGUAGCAGAAGAGAGAUAUAAAGACGACUUUUCUCCUAUUUGUAAAAAAUGUAAUUGUCUUGCAUGUCAAAAUCAUACACGAGCGUAUCUCCAUCAUUUGCAUCAUACAAAAGAAAUGCUUGGUUUAGUACUUUUAAUGAUACACAAUACUCAUCAUUAUCUUCAAUUCUUUAUUGCUAUUCGUGACAGUAUAAAAAAUGGAACGUUUAAUCAACUUCAGAAGAAAAUUCGUCUAAAAUAUAUAUCUGUUAACUCUGAAUUUCCUCCAUUACAACAGUCUAAUUGCAUAAGCGUAAAAUGAAUUAAAAAUAUAUAAAUACUCAA